UUAUUAUAUACCAAUUAUUCACUAAUUAUUCAUUUGUUUAUUAUCUACCAUCACAUAUACAUUAACCAAUCUUCUUCUUCUUUCCACUACUCCCUCAUACAACUACAGUUAGUUACACUCUCUCACCUUCUCUCUCUAUCAGUUUCCGAGACUGAAAAUGGUGGAAAGCCAGAGAGAAUAGCAUGGUUACGAGCGUUUACCCUUGCACUCGAGCUCCUGUCUUCGAAUUCCGCCCUCCGCCCACACCACUCGUGGCAAAAGACACAACCCAAUAAGCAGAACAAGAUGCAGUUGAGGAAAACCCAAUUGCUGAUCUUCUUAUUUUUGUGCUGUUCUUCAUUUGGCAUUGCAGCUGUGGCCAAUGACGAAGUUUCUGCACUGCUUUCGAUGAAAGCAGGCCUCAUUGAUCCACUAAACAGCCUCAAAGACUGGAACUUACCGGAAAAUGGAGCUCACUGCAAUUGGACAGGCGUAUGGUGCAACACUGAGGGGCACGUAGAGAAGCUUGAUCUCUCCCACAUGAACCUCAGCGGCCCGGUAUCCGGCGACAUCCAACGUCUCCGAAGCCUCACUUCUCUCAACCUCUGCUGCAGUGGCUUCUCCUCAUCACUGCCAAAAUCCAUCUCAAAUCUCACAGCAUUGAAAACUUUUGAUGUGAGUCAAAACUCACUUGUUGGUGAGUUUCCAUGGGGAUUCGGAAGUGCUGGAGGAUUGACGGAACUCAACGCUUCGAGUAAUAAUUUUUCGGGGUUUCUUCCUGAGGAUCUCGGCAAUGCCACAAUGCUGGAGACUCUGGAUCUCAGAGGGAACUUUUUCGGGGGCUCGAUUCCAAAGUCAUUCAAGAACUUGCAGAAGCUCAAGUUUCUUGGGCUUUCCGGCAACAGUCUUACCGGGGAAAUCCCCGCUGAGUUUGGAGAGCUGUCCUCAUUGGAAGCUAUGAUCCUUGGGUACAAUGAGUUUGAAGGUGGGAUUCCAAUGGAGUUUGGGAAUCUUACCAACCUGAAGUAUCUUGAUUUGGCAGUUGGGAAUCUUAGUGGUGAGAUUCCAGCUGAGUUGGGGAGGCUUCAGUUUCUUGAGACUGUGUUCUUAUACAAGAACAAUUUUGAAGGCAAAAUUCCAGCUGAAAUUGGCGCCAUUUCUUCGCUGAAAUUGCUGGAUCUCUCUGAUAAUAUGUUAUCGGGGGAAAUCCCAGCUGAGAUUGGGGAGCUGAAGAAUUUGCAGCUUUUGAAUGUGAUGAGUAAUCAGCUGUCAGGUUCAGUUCCAUUCGGAAUUGGAAGUUUGAGUCAGUUAAGUGUUCUUGAGUUAUGGAACAAUUCGUUUUCAGGUCCUUUGCCUAGCGAUCUUGGCAAAAAUGCCCCAUUGCAGUGGUUGGACAUCUCAUCCAACUCAUUUUCCGGUGAGCUUCCAUCCACAUUGUGCAACAAGGGCAACCUCACCAAGCUCAUCCUCUUCAACAAUGCCCUCACAGGUCCAAUUCCGGCGAGCCUAUCCACGUGCCUUUCGCUUGUUCGUGUUCGAAUGCAGAACAAUUUUCUUUCCGGAACAAUCCCAGUUGGGCUUGGCAAGCUUGAGAGGCUUCAGAGGUUAGAAUUAGCAAACAACAAUCUCACUGGUGCAAUCCCAGAUGAUCUUUCUUCUUCUACUUCACUCUCUUUCAUUGAUGUCUCUCGAAACCGCCUCCAUUCUUCUCUGCCUUCCACCAUUCUCUCUGCACCAAGCUUGCAAACCCUGAUGGCCUCGAAUAAUGAAUUGGUCGGCAAAAUCCCAGAUCAAUUCCAGGACAGCCCUUCACUUUCGGUGCUUGAUCUCUCAUCAAACCAUUUCUCAGGAACCAUCCCAGCAAGCAUUGCUUCAUGUGAGAGAUUGGUAAGCUUGAAUCUGAGGAACAACCAAUUGAACGGAGACAUCCCGAAAUCAAUUGCCAUGAUGCCCACAUUGUCCAUUCUUGAUCUGUCCAACAACUCUCUCACUGGUGGCAUACCCGAAAAUUUCGGAAUCUCACCAGCCUUGGAGACGCUCAAUGUCUCAUUCAACAAGCUAGAGGGUCCUGUCCCAGAAAAUGGUGUGCUGAGAAGAAUAAACCCGAGUGAUCUUGUGGGCAAUGCCGGACUCUGUGGCAGUGUCCUCCCUCCGUGCAUGCGAAAUCCAGUGCUGGCAUCGAGGCAUAGGAAUGUGCACACAAGGAACAUUGUUUCAGGAUGGGUGAUUGGGAUCUCAUCAGUUUUAGCAGUUGGACUCGCACUUUUCAGUGCUCGAACUCUAUACAAGAGGUGGUACUCGAAUGGGAGUUGCUUCGGAGACAGUUUCGAAGUUGGCAAUGGAGAGUGGCCAUGGAGACUGAUGGCAUUCCAGAGGCUUGGUUUCACAAGUACUGACAUCCUGGCUUGUGUGAAGGAAUCAAAUGUGAUCGGAAUGGGAGCCACCGGGGUUGUGUACAAGGCAGAGAUAUCAAGAUCAAACACAGUUGUGGCAGUUAAAAAGUUGUGGAGACCGGCAACAGACAUUGAAACUGGAAGCAGUGACGAUCUAGUUGGGGAAGUGAAUCUGUUGGGAAGGCUAAGGCAUCGAAACAUAGUUCGAUUGUUGGGAUUUUUGAACAAUGAUACGAAUUUGAUGAUCAUAUAUGAGUUUAUGCCCAAUGGCAGCUUAGGAGAAACCUUGCAUGGCAAGCAAGCAGGGAGAUUGCUUGUAGAUUGGGUUUCAAGGUACAACAUAGCAGUUGGAGUUGCACAAGGUCUUUCCUAUCUCCACCAUGAUUGUCACCCACCAGUCAUCCAUAGAGACAUCAAGUCCAAUAACAUAUUGCUUGAUGCAAACCUCGACGCAAGGAUUGCGGAUUUCGGGUUGGCACGGAUGAUGGUUCGGAAAAACGAGACAGUGUCAAUGGUGGCUGGAUCAUACGGUUACAUAGCCCCUGAAUAUGGAUACACAUUGAAGGUUGACGAAAAGAUCGACAUCUACAGCUACGGUGUGGUUCUAUUGGAGCUUCUAACAGGAAAGAGGCCAUUAGACCCCGAAUUUGGUGAGUCAGUAGACGUCGUGGAAUGGAUUCGGAGGAAGAUUAAGGACAACAAAAGUUUAGAAGCAGCAUUAGACCCCGGUGUAGGAAACUGCAAGCAUGUUCAAGAAGAGAUGCUCUUAGUCCUUAGAAUAGCAUUGCUUUGCACUGCCAAGCUUCCGAAGGACAGGCCUUCCAUGAGGGAUGUCAUAACGAUGCUCGGAGAGGCGAAGCCCCGGCGAAAAAGCAGCAGCAACAACAACGAUGCAUAUGCAGCAGCUAACAAGGACCAGCAUGUGUUUAGCACCUCACCUGUACAUGGCCUUCUCUAGGGACCGAAUUUUGAGUUCCCCCUUUCGGCUAUCAUUAUUUUGAUUUUUCCAUUUUUCGUGUUGUAUUUACGAUUGAGAUUUAUUUACUGUUUGUAAUCAAUGGUUCAUACUGGUGUAAGAAGCAUAUAUCCAAGUAAAAAUUAAGUCGAGAGCUUAUAUUUUUUUUACU